AGUUGAGAAGAAAGCUUUUGUGAUGGAGGGAGAGUCUGUGUCAUUUUAUCCAGACGCUACUGAACUACAUAGCGAUGAUCUGAUCCAGUGGAGAUCUGCAAAUGGAUAUUGUCUGUUUAUAGCUAAAAACAAUGAAAAGCAAAUGAUUACAUGUGACAGUGGGAGAUUCGGAGGCAGAUUUCAGCUGGAUAGUCUGACCGGAUCUCUCACUAUCAGGAACAUCAGCACAAAAGACAACGGACAUUAUGAAUUCACAAUCAUCAGAAAAGGAAACAUAGAAACAUUCAAGCAUUUCAGUGUUAAAGUCUAUGGUUCUUUGCCUGUUCCUGUCAUCAGCAGUAAUUCUUCAGAAUGUACGUCAUCCUCAUCAUCAGAGCAGAAUUGUUCAUUGGUGUGUUCAGUGUUGAAUGUGAGUCAUGUGACUCUCUCCUGGUACAAAGGAAACAGUUUAUUGUCCAGCAUCAGUGUGUCUGAUCUCAGCAUCAGUCUCUCUCUACCUCUGGAGGUGGAAUAUCAGGAUAAAAACAGCUACAGCUGUGUGCUCAACAAUCCCAUCAGCAACCAGACUCAACAUCUGGACAUCACUCAACUCUGUCACACAUCUGCAGGUAUCACGUUAUCUCUUUUCCUUAAAUGACUCAAAAUUGUGUCCUAUAGUGUUUAGUCCAUGUCUAUGGACUUUAAGGUCAUCUAUAUGUGUUCUCUCAUCUGUAAUAUUAUCUAUCUUA